UUGUUAGAGCGGUCCAAAGCGCGCGCCCGUCCCUGGAAGAGAAGAGCGGAGAGAAGGCGGCAGGAGGACAAAUAAAGAGCAAUUAACCGUUUCCCCCCUAAAAUCGACGCUCAGAGCCCCGCGAAAAUGUCAGAGGAGAAGCCCAAGGAAGGAGUCAAGACUGAGAACGACCACAUCAACCUCAAGGUUGCAGGACAAGAUGGAUCAGUGGUCCAGUUUAAGAUCAAAAGACACACACCACUCAGCAAGUUAAUGAAGGCAUACUGUGAACGACAGGGUCUCUCAAUAAGGCAGAUCAGGUUCAGGUUUGAUGGGCAGCCUAUCAAUGAGACGGACACGCCUGCACAGCUGGAGAUGGAAGAUGAAGACACCAUAGAUGUUUUCCAGCAGCAGACGGGCGGUCGCUGUUAGACCCUCCCCAUCUCAUUGACUGCCACAGACCACACCCUCAGACAUCUUCUCCUUCAUCGCUCCUCAGUUUAUUAUUAUUAUUGUUAUUAUGAUUGUUCCUUAAGUUUAUGCCAUCUGUCAGGUUAUUUUUGUUUUUUUGCUAAGCGGCGGGUGGGAUGGCGGGGCGUCUCCUUCUUUCAUGACUGGACUUUUUUUGUGCGCCUUUCUGGUGGCCAAUCAGGACGUUUCCUCAAGGCCUCACAGGUUGUGGUUGGACCAACAAUAUGUCACAGUGAGAGUUUGGUAUCUAGUUUUGUGCUUCUCCACCCAUCACAGUUCAACGCGACACAUGUUCGUCUGGGGUGCUGGGCGUCUGUCAGUGAAAAGGAAAGCGGAAUCCCUCGAUACAGUCUAAAUGCAAUCCCUUCCAUUCCUUCUUGUCCGAACUUCAACUAACCCGUGUAUUUUUAAAUCCCUGCUUUUUAGGUGCUUUUCAUAAAAAAAAAUGUUGAAAAGUUUUUGUAUAUCUGUUCUUUUAAAUUGGGGCUUAGAGACUUUUCUGUAUCAGGUGGAUGUUGGAUGAAUGCGCUGGACUGGUCCAUCAUGACCAAGCUUUCAUAAUCGCUGUACUUUGAUCAUUCACCACGCAACAGAGCGGGUCAAAACAUAUGUGCGUGUGUGUUAAUCAUUCUCUCCUCGUUUCUCCAGGGAGUAUUUAUUCACCUUCGAUGUCAGCGUUUAUGUGUCACGUUGUCCUGAGGAGAAAGUAGAGGAGCGUAUGCAUGUUUUGUUUUUUUUUUUUUUUUUUAAAUUGGCCAUCUGAUGUAUCAUGCGAGGACCGAGGUUCUCUGCAUGAUUCAAUUUUCUGUCUUAAAAUUAACCAUUUAUUUUCAAGUCAUUUCAUAACAUGCUGCAACUGCAGAUGCUAAGAGGAGACCCGAGUGUCUCGUACACAUGUAGAUGCGUUCAGGUUCAGUGUUCAGAGGGGACGUUUGGGAGAUACAUGUUCCACACUGCCCCGUUCUUCAUAUGUGUUGAGGAGAAUUGAAAAUUAGCCUUGAAGGUCAGGAGUGUUCACUAUUUCAGACCGAGGUUUGACCAGAGAUGCCGCUUGAACAGUGAAAUAUGUGAAUGAAACCUCUCCAUCUCGAGUGUUAACUGUCAAUUUAAAUCAAUUGGACAGGAUAUUUUCCUUCCAUUUUCAUCACAAGCGUUUCACUAUUUCUCUCAUCAUUCUGUUUCUACGUCUGUGUUCACUGUACAUAAACAUAAAUGCCGUUCCUGGCGUGCAGAAAAAGCUCGCUGUCCAGGCCACUUUGGCUCCUUGGGACAGAAAUAAAUGAUUCAUGUUGAUUUUUCUCGAGUCAGAUUCAGAGCCACCCCAACCUGUUACGGAUUAAGAGCACAGUCCAGACUCUAUGACUCUAUCAGAUCCACGUCGCCAACCUUUAUCGAUGAACUUAUGAAGAACGGGGUCCUCUCAUGUUAUUUGUUUCUCUACUGAUUUGUACAUUAUUUGUGGUCUUUUACUACUGUAUACAACAAAUAUAGUUUGGUACUCAGA